AUGGGCCGGGAAGCAGAGCGCAACGGUGCCGAGUCCGGGUCCGGAUCCGGAUCCGGAUCCACCAACGGCGUGGUCACCGGUGACAGGACUCCGCUUGAUCAACUCGGCCAUCUAUCUCCACCGGCCGACUCGCCGCCGCUGUUUCCAAAUGCGCUUCGCGAGAAAGGCAACGCGGGGGUCGUCGAAACUGAGACCAACCAGGGCGACCACGAUGGCCUGUCCAGAAGCCUGUUGGACGCGGCCGUCCUUUCGUCGUCCCCUGCCAUGAUGACCCGCCAACGGCGCAAGGGGAAGUUCACCGACCUGGUCUUCACCCACAACUUCUCGACCUUCGACCGGCAGAACCCCAGCGCGGCGAACUCGCCCUUCCACGGCUUCUUCACGCUCUUCUGGAUGGCCGUGUUCCUGUUCGUGGUCAAGAUCGCGGCCGACAACUGGCGCGCGCACGGCAGCCCGCUGGGCACGAACGAGAUCAUGCGGACCAUGUUCCAGCGCGAGGUGCUGGUGCUGCUCGCGGCGGACGGGGCCAUGUGUGGCCUGACUGGGGUCAGUUGGCUGGUGCAGCUUGCCGUGAGGGAGGGGUUUGUCGAGUGGGAUGGGGUUGGCUGGGUUUUACAGAAUGUCUGGCAGACGAUGUUUAUUGCGGGAGUGGUCGGGCUGACGAUGCUGCGGGACUGGCCGUGGACGCACACCGUGUAUUUCGUGCUGCACGGCCUGGUCAUGCUCAUGAAGCAGCACUCGUAUGCGUUCUACAACGGCUAUCUGUCCUCGAUCUACAAGCAGCGAGCGCAGCUGCUUGCUAAACUCAAGAAGCUGGAACGGAUCUCGCCCGUUUCGUCGCCAUCACGCACAGAACCCCCCGUGUGCGAGAUCAACACGUCACACCUCGCCAAAGUUCCGACGGCAAAAGGAUACCAGGCACGGCGGCGGUCGAUUCCCUUCGGGGAGAUUCCGGAUAUUGACCGCAUUGUUGCUGCCAUCGACUCGGGCGAGCCUCUCGACGCGGAGCAGGUGCAUGUUUUUGAGCGGCUCUUGAAGUGGGAGGUGGACGCUCUGUCCGACGAGCUCAAGGGCAAAUCGACCAAGCCCGGAAGGGAUUACCCGAAUAACCUUACUUGGCGCAACCACUACGAAUACGUCGUCUUGCCGACGGUGGUCUACGAGCUCGAGUACCCGCGCUCCAAGUCCAUCAGCUGGUUCUAUGUGGCGGAGAAGGCCGUCGCUUGCUUCGGAAUCCUCUUUGUCAUGAUCAUGAUAUCGCAGGCCUUUAUCUACCCCGUCGUCAUGGACACAGUCCGGAUGAAGGAAGAGGGCGUCCCGCUGGCUGGCCGGUUCCGGCAAUUCCCCUGGAUGCUGCUGGACCUGAUCUUCCCCUUCAUGAUGGAGUACCUGCUGACAUGGUACCUCAUUUGGGAAACUAUCCUCAAUUUCCUGGCCGAGUUGACCUACUUUGCGGACCGCAGCUUCUACGACGCUUGGUGGAACAGCGUGUCGUGGGACCAAUUCGCGAGGGACUGGAAUCGGCCGGUACACAAUUUCUUGCUGAGGCAUGUUUACCACAGCUCUAUCUCGGCCAUGAGGGUCGACAAGCAUACGGCGACGCUCAUCACCUUCUUCCUGUCGGCCUGUGUGCAUGAAUUGGUUAUGUGGUGCAUCUUCAAAAAGCUGAGAGGCUAUCUGCUGUUUUUGCAGAUGUGCCAGCUGCCGCUGGUGAGACUGAGUCGGACGAAGUGGCUCCGUAACCGCCCUCGGCUGGGCAACGUGAUCUUUUGGCUGGGCAUCUUCACGGGCCCAAGUAUCCUUUGCAGCUUGUAUCUCAUUCUGUGA